CACUUCUAUAAACUUUUAGUAAGAAACUCAGCCACCAAUGAAAUUAUCGCUUUUUUAGAUGGAAAUUCAAACAUCUCAAAAAAAACAUUAAAGACUCUUAUAACUUUCCUCUUGUACCACCAAAGCCCUUUGAAAACUUUUCAAAAUCGCAAUUAACAUGUCCAUAACCCGUGUCCGAAAUACUGCCUCUUUCUUCAAGGCGAAUGAAGACUCCCGACGGAGCAACUUAGAUGCCGACAAAAAGAAGUCGGUGCAGGUCAACCAGCUUUUUUCCGAUCUCGGGAGAGCUUCGAAGAAGAAGGACGCCGUCCACUACUACCAUGUGGAGACGCUCAACGAUGUGGAGUACCGAGCACAGAUCAAGGUGAUGGAGGAGGUGAACGGCGAGAAGGUGGACAUGACGCCCAAGCCGAUAACGAACGAUGCAAUAGUCGAGCAGUUCAUGAAGUUCAAUCUGAACGUCCUCCACCAAAUAACCAAUUUCACAACAAUGCUGUCUAGGAGCACCAUAAGAUCCCGCACGCGGUCCAGUAUGAGGGCAGGAAUCGGUGGCAACAAACAAUCCAUCGAUGACAUUAUGAACGGGAUCAUAUUCGAGACGAUCAACUUUGACCCCUACCACGUGUUGGAAAACGCCAGCAACCCGUACGAACCGAAGCCCUACAAGAAGUCCUUCGUGAAGGUCACUCUACGCAAGUCCGUGUUCUUUGAGCUGCACAGUCAGUCACAGACGACGGCGGCCAAGGGCACGCCCGAGGGCGAGGAGACGGAGCGGGACAACCGAGCCUAUGAUUAUCUCACGAUCGGCAAGGGCAAGGUCCGGCGUCGCUCCGACAACGAUGCCCAGACGGACACGGUUCUGUUUGUGUCGCGGGCGGUGAACACCAUAUUGCUGACCAGCGCCACCGUCAGCUCUUACGUGUCCAACUUCGAGAUGUACGACACGCUGAACAACAUCUCCAGGGAUGUGAAUGUCUCGCAUAUGGCCUCGCUGAAGGAUAUGCCAUCGACACCGACGGUGCCAGACGACCUGGUCAUGGAGGAGGAAUUCGAGGAGGAGGAGGUCAUGGCCGAAAAGGACAAGAUCACGGCCCAGACAGAGCGACUGCUGAAGAGCCCUGAGUUUCGCAACGCCAUCAUGUACGUGGGUCGAACGCUGUCGAGCAAUAUGUACGAGGAGGGGAUGCGACGCUUCCGCAACUUCGACCAAGUGGACCGCACCAAUACGGAGGCCGAGUAUAACUACUCGAUGAGCCUGCUCUUCCGACUGGUGCCGGAGCCCAGUAAGGGCGAGCGCAAGGCCGUCAGCGACAUUGACUUUUGUCGCAGCAACGGCGAUAUUCUGGCCGUGGCUUACGGCCUGUACUCCUUCUCCUCGCAGUACGUGCCCGCCUCGGGCAGCGUCUUCGUUUGGAGCAUCAAGAACCCGAGCGAACCGGAGCGAGCCUACUACUACAAUGUCCCCGUGACGGCCAUCAGCUUCUCGCCCUUCCUGCCCAGCCUGCUGGCCAUCGGUCUGUACGACGGCAGCGUCGAGGUGCGGGACAUAAGCAGCCUGCAGGACACGCCCGUGGCUGUCUCUCAGCGCGCUACCUCGCCCGGCAGCACUCCGGUGGUGGCCAUUCGUUGGCUCAAGCAGGUGGAUGACAAUGACAAUGACGAGAAUGGGGAGAUUGAUCCCUUUCUCAGCCUAUCGCAGGACGGAUCGGUGACCCGUUUCCGCAUUAUUAAGAGCCCCUUCCUGCUGGGCUUCACCCAGAUGGUCCUGGAGCGCGUCGAAGGCCAUCCCGAAGGCAUCUUUGUCCAUCCCCACUCACGGAUACGCUGCGAGUCGAAUCGACAUCCACAGGGCCUGAGCAUCACCACACAUCCGCUGCACAAGGAUAUCUACUAUGUGCUCACGGACGAGGGCUGCAUCCACAAGUGUUCGAUCAACUACCAGCACCAGUACCUCGAGGUCCUGCGCUGCCAUGACGGCGGUGUCACAGUGAUGGAGUUCUCGCCGUGGUCGCCCAAGCUAUUCCUCACCUGCGGCAACGACUGGUGUGUGCGCGUCUGGAUUGAUGGAAUUACACGGCCACUGCUGGAGCUACAGGACGACAUGACGCCGGUGCAUUGGGCCAGGUGGAGCCCCACACACUCCACCAUCAUUGUGGCGGUGAACCGCGAGACGGCCAGCAUGUGGGACUUCCGGCGCAACCUGCUGCGCCCCAUGUCCAAGCACAAGAUGGACUCCUCCUUCAACACGGUGGCGCAAUUUUCCCACUGCGGUCGUACCCUGGUCAUUGGCAACGAGCGCGGGAACACCCUCUUCAGUGCCAUCAACGACAUGCCCUUUCCACCCCACUUUCAGUAUGACGAGUUGGAGAAGGCCCUCUAUAAGGCCAUUGGCAGCGACCACGAGCUGGCCAUGGAGCUCAAGAGCGUCGGUUUCUUCGGUUAUCCCGAUAAGAAAGCUGUUUUCUAGGUUUUAAGUUGAGGUUUUGUUGUGCGAAAAGCAAAUAGAUGAUGAAUAUAAA